GUGCGACUCAUCGUGCGUUGUCCUCAACCACCUCCCUGCUUGUCGUCCCUCCCGUCGUCCGCCCUCUCCAGCAUCCUCUGGUUUUUUUCGCAGCUCUCAGAGCUCUACUAGGCUAGCUGACGACAGCUCCUCUGAGCUCUGGACGAUACGACCGCGUCUGACGGCGUUUACUCAGCUCAGUCAAAAAUUCGCUAACGACCUCCUGAGCAACUCGGCUUCAACGAGCAUCCUCAGAACGCGCUUGCAGCGACAUAUACCUGUCGGAAUAGACCACUCGGACUCUUAUCGUACUAGCCGCUGCUAAUAUUCUCGCCCUUCGCCCAUCUCUGUACUGCAGCGUCUCUAUUGCCUCCCGACUCUGUCAUCAUGCUGGGCCACCAAUUCGCGUUCUCCGCGGCACCGAUCCGCAAAGUGAAGGAGGUUCAGUUUGGUAUCCUCUCACCUGAAGAAAUCAAAGCGUACUCGGUCGCGAAAAUCGAGCAUCCUGAAGUCAUGGACGAGACGACACACAAGCCUAGGAUGGGGGGAUUGAUGGAUCCCCGGAUGGGAACGAUAGACAGGAAUUUCAAGUGCCAGACGUGUGGGGAGGGAAUGUCGGAGUGCCCUGGGCAUUUCGGCCACAUCGAGCUGGCGAGACCCGUCUUCCAUCCAGGGUUCAUCGUGAAAGUGAAGAAGAUCUUGGAGUGCAUUUGCGUAAAUUGUGGGCGGUUGAAAGUCAACAGCUCGGACAUGGGAUUCGCUGCCAAGAUAAAACACGUCCGCGACCCAAAGGCGAAGAUGCAAAUUGUCUGGAGUUACUGCAAGGGGAAAAUGACGUGCGAGGCGGAUGACCCGAAGGAAGACGCUGACGGUCUUGAAAACGACGAACCGAAGAAGGGACACGGAGGGUGUGGUGCUUCACAGCCGUUGAUUCGGAAAGAGGGCCUCAAGCUCUUCGUGCAGUACAAGAGGUCGAAGGACGACGACGAGGAGGUGAAGUCGCUGCAGCCGGACAAGCGGCUCUUCCCGCCACAUGAGGUGUAUACGGCACUCAAGAAGAUAUCGGAUGCCGACCUGCACAUGCUGGGUCUCUCCGAGGAUUACGCUCGUCCAGAGUGGAUGAUCUUGACAGUCAUGCCCGUACCGCCGCCUCCUGUGCGACCGAGUAUCGCGGUGGAUGGUGGCACGAUGCGUAGCGAAGAUGAUUUGACAUACAAGCUCGGCGAUAUCAUCAAGGCGUCGCAAAAUGUUCGCCGCUGCGAGCAAGAAGGUGCUCCGGCCCACGUCAUCACAGAGUUUGAGCAGCUUCUCCAGUUCCAUGUCGCAACAUACAUGGACAAUGAUAUUGCAGGCAUACCACAGGCCCUGCAGAAGUCCGGGAGGCCUGUCAAGGCGAUUCGCGCUCGUCUCAAGGGCAAGGAGGGUCGUCUGCGUGGUAACCUGAUGGGCAAGCGUGUGGACUUCUCCGCGCGUACCGUCAUUACGGGUGAUCCGAAUCUUCAGCUCGAUGAGGUCGGCGUGCCGAAGAGCAUUGCCAUGAACUUGACCUAUCCGGAACGUGUGACGCCGUACAACAUUGCAUACCUGCAAGAGCUUGUUCGGAAUGGGCCGACUGCCUACCCGGGUGCACGAUACGUCGUCCGCGACACGGGAGAGCGGAUAGACCUCCGAUACAACAAGCGUGCGGACGCCUUCUUGCAGUAUGGUUGGAUCGUCGAGCGGCAUUUGCGAGACGGAGACUUCGUGUUGUUCAACCGACAGCCUAGUUUGCACAAGAUGAGUAUGAUGAGCCAUCGAGUCAAGCUCAUGCCCUACUCCACUUUCCGACUGAACUUGUCCGUUACGCCUCCGUACAACGCCGACUUCGAUGGUGAUGAGAUGAACAUGCAUGUACCACAGAGCGAAGAGACUCGUGCCGAGCUGAGCCAAAUUGCUUGGGUUCCGCGGCAGAUCAUCUCGCCUCAGGCGAACAAGCCCGUCAUGGCCAUCGUACAAGACACGCUGUGUGGGAUCCGCAAGUUCACCCUCCGGGAUGCCUUCCUCGACUGGACACAAGUCCAGAAUAUUCUUCUGUGGGUGCCAGACUGGGACGGGUCCAUCCCAACGCCUGCUAUCAUCAAGCCCAAACCUCUCUGGACCGGCAAACAGAUACUCAGCAUGUGCAUCCCUCGUGGCCUCAAUGUCUUCCGUUCAUCCGAUCCGAAGUCUAUCAACCCUGUCUUUGACGACGGCAUGAACAUCGAGAACGGUGAAAUCAUCUCCGGCAUCGUCGACAAGAAGACAGUCGGAGCUUCUCAGGGCGGCUUGAUCCACAUAUGCUUCCGCGAGAAGGGCCCGGAGGCGACGAGGACUCUGUUCACGGGCCUGCAGCAGGUUGUCAACUUUUGGCUCUUUCACAACGGCUUCAGCAUCGGCAUCGGCGAUACAAUAGCGGACCGGAGUACGAUGGCGCACAUUUCAGAGCAGAUCUCGACUCGCAAACAGACGGUCACACAGAUCAUCGAGGACGCGACGCACGAUCGCCUCAAAGCUGCGCCGGGUAUGACGAUCCGCGAGUCCUUCGAGAGCAAGGUCGAGCGCGAGCUCAACUUGGCUCGUGACCAGAACGGCCAGUACGCGCAGAAGGCCCUGAAGGAGGACAACAACGUCAAGCAGAUGGUGACCGCCGGGUCGAAGGGUUCAUUCAUCAACAUCUCCCAGAUGUCCGUGUGCGUGGGCCAGCAGAUCGUCGAAGGCCGACGUAUUCCAUUCGGUUUCCGUCACCGCUCGCUCCCACACUUCACAAAGGACGACUUCAGCCCGGAAGCCCGCGGGUUCGUCGAAAACUCUUACCUUCGUGGCCUCACGCCGCAGGAGUUCUUCUUCCACGCCAUGGCUGGACGAGAGGGUCUGAUCGAUACCGCCGUGAAAACGGCGGAGACGGGUUACAUCCAGCGGCGACUCGUCAAGGCGCUCGAGGACGUCACGGUCUGUUACGACGGGACGGUCCGAAACUCGCUCGGCGACCUCAUCCAAUUCGUUUACGGCGAGGAUGGUAUGGACGGUGCAUUCAUCGAGCGUCAGAACAUCGAGACACUCGCCCUCAAUGAUCGCGAAUUCGCUCAUAAUUACCGCGUCGACGUUACGGACCCGUCCGGUGGUUUCUUGCCUGGUGUACUACAGGCCGGAUUGGAUGACAGCUCGCUAGAGUUACAGGCGAAACUGGAUGACGAGUAUGAGCAGCUCGUCCAGGAUCGUCGCCUCUUGCGCGAGUUCAUCUACCGCUCGCAGGAUCCCAGCGUCCCCCAUCAUCUUCCUGUCAACCUCCAGCGAAUCGUACAGAACGCCAUGCAAAUCUUUCACAUCGAUAGACGCAAACCGAGCGACCUCGAGCCUGCAUACAUCAUUGAUUCCGUGCGCGAGUUGGCGGAGCGCCUGGUCGUCGUGCGAGGCGACAGCCGUAUUUCGCAGGAAGCGCAACACGACGCGACGCUGCUUUUCAGGAUCCAUCUUCGUGCUAUGUUCGCUGCACGAAGAGUUCUGGAGCGGUAUCACCUCAACCGCGAGGCGUUCGAAUGGGUGUUGGGUGAGAUCGAGGCGAAGUUCAAUCAAUCGGUGGCUCACCCCGGCGAGAUGUGCGGCACCCUCGCAGCGCAGUCCAUCGGCGAACCGGCAACGCAGAUGACGUUGAACACGUUCCACUACGCCGGUGUGUCUAGCAAGAACGUCACCCUCGGUGUGCCUCGGCUGAAGGAGAUCAUCAACGUCGCCACGAACAUCAAGACACCAUCUCUGUCUGUGUUCCUCAAGCCUCACAUCGCUAAGGACAAGAUCCUUGCGAACAGCGUCCAACAGGAGCUGGCGUAUACGUCCCUCCGAACUGUCACGGCAGCCGUAGAGAUCUGGUAUGAUCCCGACCCGACCUCUACCAUAAUCGAGGAGGACAGCGUCUUUGUGGAGUCCUUCUUCGCCAUCCCCGACGAAGAGGUAGAACAGAAGCUGCACCUCCAGUCGCCGUGGCUCUUGCGUCUCGAGUUGGAUCGCGCGAAGAUGAUUGAUCGCAAGCUGACGAUGUCCUACGUUGCCGGUCGCAUCGCGGAGAGCUUCAAGACGGACCUGUUUGUAAUUUGGAGUGAAGACAACUCUGAGAAGCUGAUCAUCCGGUGUCGUGUUUUGGGUGGCGCGGAUAAGGACGAAGACAGUAUGGAGACGGUCGAAGAGGACAUUUUCCUUCGACAACUCGAGAACACCAUGCUGAACUCGAUCAGCCUGCGUGGUGUGCCCGGGAUCCAACGCGUCUUCUUGCUCGAGCAUGACAAGGUCAUCGUGACGGAUGAGGGUAGCAUCAAGGCUCAUCAGGAGAAGGAGUGGGUUCUCGAGACGGAUGGAGUCAAUCUCAAGGCCGUCAUGACAGUCGACGGCGUCGAUUACAAGCGAACUUACUCCAACAGUUGCGUCGAGAUCUUCAACGUCCUCGGUAUUGAAGCUGCACGCGUCGCGAUCAUGAAGGAGCUGCGCGGAGUCAUCGAGUUCGACGGUUCCUACGUCAACUACCGCCAUCUCGCGCUGCUUUGCGAUUUGAUGACGCAUCGCGGCACGCUGAUGGCGAUUACCCGCCAUGGAAUCAACCGGGCAGAUACCGGCGCACUCAUGCGGAGUUCGUUCGAGGAGACCGUUGAGAUCCUUAUGGAGGCAGCCGCAGUUGGGGAGAGGGAUGACUGCCAUGGCAUUGCGGAGAACGUCAUCUUUGGGCAAAUGGCACCUAUGGGAACGGGCGCGUUCGAUGUCGCUCUCGACAUUGACAUGCUCAAGGAUGUCAUCGUCGACCACCGUCUGCCGGUGCAGACCCUCAUGGCAGCUCAAGUCGGCGCUGGCAUGACCCCCGGCCAGGUCGCGAUGACGCCGUACGAUACGAACUCGCCCAUGUGGAACACCGACGCGUCGUUCAAGGGAGAAGCUGCCGCGUUCUCGCCGCUCGCUGUCAACGGUGGUGAAGACCCCGCGAACUUCUCCUACCUCGGCUUCGGGCAAAGCCCCAUGGGUGCUGGAGGUAUGUCGCCAGCUGCGCCUGGCUACAGCCCUAGCUCUCCCAAUGUGUAUUCGCCGACUUCUCCCUACGUGCCUCCAUCACCAUACGGCGGUGCAACGUCUCCAUUCGGCACCUCGCCGUACGCGACAUCGCCAUUCUACGACCGAGCCCGUGGACCGACUUCGCCUACGUACUCGCCGACGUCGCCAGCACUCAACCUCACGUCUCCGGGAUACUCGCCGACGAGCCCUCGCUAUUCACCGACUUCGCCAUCAUUCUCCCCUACGUCGCCUCGGUACAGCCCCCAGUCUCCAUCGUUUAGUCCGACGUCACCGCGCUACUCGCCGACGAGUCCAUCGUUCAGCCCGGCUUCACCACGAUACUCUCCGACAUCUCCUGCCCAAAUGUCUCCUUCGUCGCCGAAGUAUUCGCCAACAUCGCCUGCGUCACCUGCAUCUCCCAAAUACUCGCCGACUUCGCCGACAUAUUCCCCAGCCUCCCCCGCAUAUUCUCCUGCAUCUCCAGCUUACAGUCCGACGUCGCCGCAAUGGUCACCGUCGAGCCCGGCGGCACAGCCGCCGCAGCAACCACAGAACGGCUCUGCGGGUCGCGGACACUCGUACAGCACCUCGCCGUCCUGGGAGUGAUCCCGAGAAACGCGGUCCACACCUUUCGCCUCGUCGGACGUUGUCGUUGGGACAUUCUUGAAUUUAUUAUCUCUGCCCGCAUCAUCAUAGCCCCUCGUCUCAUACUAAGCACGCAUGACUGUAGAAUAUCGGCACAGUACAACCAUUUUGUUAUUACCGCUCUCCCAGUGUAUUCGCCGAGUCGUCUGUAUGUACUCGAUGCGAUGUACGGAUGCAAUGGAAUUGUCAUCCUCGCUGGCAACGACUCACGGG